AUGAAAGUAUCAGUAAUUGAAUGGAAAGGUUAUUGUACAUGGCAUUGGGAUUUAUCAACAGCAGGAGCAGGAGCGGAAGCGGAAGCUGAAGCAACAUCGGUCAAUAAGGAAGGGUCUGCAGGCAGCUAUGUUGAGGAGCUAUGUGGUAUAUGUCGUGUGUCGUUUGAAGGUGCAUGCCCCAGUUGCAAAUACCCUGGAGAUGGGUGUCCACUAGUUCUUGGUUCUGGCUGCACACACAAUUUUCAUCUCCAUUGCAUAUUGAAAUGGCUAGAACAAGAAUCGUCAAAGGGACUAUGUCCCAUGUGUAGACAAAUCUUUGAUUUCAAGCAAAUCACAGAUGAUCUGGUAGAGGAAAUUGCAAAUUUAAAAACUUUAGUUGAUGGACACAAAUUGAUGAGAGAGAGAUUACUACAGAACAACGAGCUGGACUACGAAGUUUUGGAUGGCGAAACCGACGGCCAAAACUAA